CUAGUAUUGAUUUUUGCAAGAUAUAGAAACCCAAAAUGUAAUCGGUUUUUUAGUGUUAUAUUGAUGGAAUAUUUGAUAAUAAUUUAAGAUCAUAGUGAAUUAAGAUUAAUGUUUAAUCAGACCAACAUAAAAAUCGCGUAUUUUCGCAAUUAACUUUUUAUAUUGCGAAUAAAAUAAAAGUUAAAAGGCGUAGUCUAUAAAAAUCUGUCACAUGUAUCACAAUUUCAUAGGAGCGGCUCCUUAUAUUUUUGACGUUUCCUUAGUUAAUUAUACAAGGAUAUCCAACGCGCUUGCUCUAAAUAGUGGUUCGGACUAUGAUUUUUGGAUAUCCUCACGUGACUUGUUUAUUAUUUAAAAAAUUAUUGGUUUUCGAUGGAAAUACGAGAAGAAAAUCGAUCUUGAUUGCUUAUUAAAUACACUAUUUUUUAGAACAUCCACCAAAAUGUCGAAAGUACGCGUUGGAGAUGAGGAAAAAGAGGGACAGUAUGGGUAUGUCCAUGCCGUAUCUGGUCCAGUCGUCACCGCCGAAAAAAUGUCCGGUUCUGCUAUGUACGAAUUGGUUCGAGUAGGUUACUUCGAAUUAGUAGGAGAAAUCAUCCGUUUGGAAGGUGAUAUGGCAACUAUUCAGGUAUACGAGGAAACCUCCGGCGUAACUGUCGGUGAUCCCGUAUUGAGAUCCGGCAAACCCUUAUCGGUGGAACUUGGCCCCGGUAUAAUGGGCUCCAUUUUCGACGGUAUCCAACGUCCAUUGAAAGACAUCAACGUUCUAACGGAGAGCAUCUACAUCCCGAAAGGUAUCAACGUACCGGCACUGUCCAGAACGGCCAAAUGGGACUUCCAACCCAUUAACAUCAAGAUGGGCUCUCACUUAACCGGAGGCGACAUCUACGGUAUAGUUCACGAAAACACCCUCGUCAAGCACAAAAUGCUUCUACCGCCUAAAGCUAAAGGUACCGUUACGUACAUUGCUGAACCGGGUAAUUACACAGUAGAUGAAGUUGUACUGGAAACGGAGUUCGACGGUGAACGAUCCAAAUUCACCAUGUUGCAAGUGUGGCCAGUCCGUCAAGCCAGACCGGUCAGCGAAAAAUUGCCGGCCAAUCACCCGCUACUCACCGGUCAACGUGUAUUGGAUUCUCUUUUCCCUUGCGUACAAGGCGGUACUACAGCCAUUCCCGGUGCCUUCGGUUGCGGCAAAACCGUCAUUUCCCAAUCGCUAUCCAAAUACUCCAACUCCGACGUCAUCAUCUACGUGGGUUGCGGAGAAAGAGGCAACGAAAUGUCCGAGGUGUUGCGAGACUUCCCCGAGCUGAGCGUGGAAAUCGACGGUCACACCGAGUCCAUCAUGAAGCGUACCGCCCUGGUGGCCAACACCUCCAACAUGCCCGUCGCCGCCCGUGAGGCCUCCAUCUAUACAGGCAUCACGUUGUCCGAGUACUUCAGAGACAUGGGUUACCACGUGUCGAUGAUGGCCGAUUCGACGUCCCGUUGGGCCGAGGCCUUGAGAGAAAUCUCCGGUCGUUUGGCCGAGAUGCCCGCCGAUUCCGGUUAUCCGGCGUACUUGGGGGCCAGGUUGGCCUCGUUCUACGAGCGCGCCGGUCGCGUUAAGUGCUUGGGUAACCCCGAUAGGGAGGGUUCCGUGUCGAUCGUCGGAGCCGUGUCGCCGCCUGGUGGUGAUUUCUCCGAUCCCGUCACUUCUGCUACUCUUGGUAUUGUCCAGGUGUUUUGGGGAUUGGACAAGAAGCUUGCACAACGUAAGCAUUUCCCUUCUGUCGACUGGCUCAGUUCGUACUCGAAGUACUUGAGGGCCUUAGAUGAUUUCUAUGACAAAAACUUCCCUGAAUUUAUACCGCUAAGAACCAAAGUUAAAGAAAUUCUUCAAGAAGAAGAUGAUCUUACGGAAAUCGUGCAGCUGGUAGGAAAGGCCUCGUUGGCGGAAGCCGAUAAAAUAACAUUGGAAAUCGCCAAGUUGCUGAAGGAAGAUUUCCUGCAACAGAACUCGUACUCGUCGUACGAUAGAUUCUGUCCGUUCUACAAAACGGUGGGCAUGUUGAAGAACAUGAUCGGCAUGUACGAUAUGGCGAGACACGCGGUGGAAUCGACCGCUCAAUCCGAAAACAAAAUCACGUGGACGGUGAUCAGGGAUUCGAUGAGCAACAUUUUGUACCAAUUGAGCAGUAUGAAAUUCAAGGAUCCCGUCAAAGACGGCGAGGCGAAAAUCAAGGCGGAUUUCGACCAAUUGUACGAGGACAUCCAGCAGGCGUUCAGAAAUCUAGAGGAUUAA